AUGCUCCAUGUCGAACGUGCAUUAAAGUCUCAGAAAUGCGCUCUUCAGCACACGUUCUUCUGGUCCUCUGGAAAGAGCUAUAACAAUGGGUCUUUUGGCUUGAAGAUGGUCGUUGUCCACACCAUGGUCGCCUUCUUCAGUGCUGCUCUGGCAGCUUUCUGUACUCUGCGGAUUCAGAGCAUCCUAGCGCAGACAGCUCUCGAGAUUCCGAUACAGGAGUAUACGCCUUCGGAUGAUACAGGUCCUUUGGGGGUUUACUACGACUCUUCCGAGCCUCUCGUCUUUGCGGCGAAUGUAUCCGGCCUGUUCAGCUACAGCUUGCCUGCCUUGACAGGCACCAGCACAGUCCGGAGGGACACCAAGUCGGUUACGACCCUCUAUGGAGAGAGGGACCGGGAUGACUGGUUGGUUAGCCUCGUCAUCGAGGACUCCCUCCUCGCUGUUACCAACCUCAAGAACCCGCGCCGCACAUCCCACCUUAGGCUCUGGGGAGACUACUCGGCCGUUUGCGCUGUUGGCUCGUCCUUUGUCUACAUCUUCGGCAAAGGUCACGCGAAGCUCGUCCAAAUCGAACGAGGAAACAUCAAAGAAAUAUGCGAGUUUGCGGUCCCUGUAGAAGCAGAAGCUUGUGCUGCUACGGCUGCUGGAACAGUCUUCUUUGGCGGGAAUGAUGGUGUCGUCUACUCGUUCGCUGGGAAUGCCGUCCAGCCCGGUUCGAGCAUCCAGCAGACUUCGAUUACUGUUGAUGGCGAGAUUGCUGGGAUGGCUGUGUACGAGUCGAGCAACAAUGCGAGCUCGCUGUUCGUCUCGGUCGAGUCGGGGACCGUCGAGGUGUUCUCGACUGCAGAGUGGGCGCAUCAGUACACGCUUUCCUUCUCGGAGGAGGAUGUAGAGUUGGAAGGGAUUGCGAUUUACCAGCGUGCCUUGCCGGGAUAUCCUGAUGGGAGCUUGGUGGUUUCGUUUACGGAGGAUGAUGGAAGGACUGGUACUGGCAUCGUUUCGCUCACCCAAAUCCCCCUCCCUCGCAACGCCAACUUCAACCCUCGAGACGCUUCCAGCAAUCCCGACGCCAGCAACCAGUGCACUCGGCGUGGUUUCCGCAAUGGCUCGGAAUGCAUUUGUUUCACGGGCUACACUGGUUCGCGUUGCAACCAACGCACCUGUCCCAACGACUGCUCUUCGCGAGGAAGAUGUGUCGGGCCUAACACUUGCCGAUGCGACAACGGGUGGACUGGGCCAGAUUGUUCAUUCAAAGUCGUCCUUGCCGAUAUCGAGACCGAUGCGAAUGGAGGAGAUGGCGAUGACCCUGCUAUCUGGAUUCACCCAACGGACCGCACCAAGUCGAGGGUGUUGACGACUACGAAGAGCAAACAGGGCGCUGGAUUUGCGCUGUUCGAUUUGGCAGGGCAGAUGAUUGCCCAGUUGCCCGCGGGUGAACCGAAUAAUGUGGAUGUAAUCUACAACUUUGAGUUGGAGGAUGGGCGGACUGUUGACCUUGGCGUUGCUGCUUGCCGCGACGAGGACACGCUUUGCCUUAUGCAGGUCACAGAAGGUGGUCUCACCGACCUCGUCAACCUCCCUGUCAAGCCGGACUUUAGUGUUUACGGCUCAUGCGUCUAUCACUCACGCAGCUCCGGCAAAUACUACAUCUUCGUCAACUCCAAGACCGCCGAAUAUCUCCAAUACGAACUCACACCCUCCCUCGAGGCUGUCCUCGUUCGCGAAUUCAUCGGUGGGAAUGGUGGGCAGGUAGAGGGAUGCGUUGGGGAUGACGAGAAUGGGUUUGUUUAUAUCGGCGAAGAGCCGUACGGGCUCUGGCGGUACGGUGCUGAACCCGACGCCGGGACGGACCGUGUCCUUGUCGACUCUAUCCAGGGUAACCUCUUCCCGGACGUUGAAGGCGUGACACUUGUCCACGGCCCAACACCCGACAAAGGCCUCCUCAUCGUCUCCGCGCAAGGUGUAUCCGCGUUCAACAUCUACCGACGCGGCACACACGAGUUUGUGGGCACGUUUACUGUCCAGGCGGGCCAGGUGGAUAAGGUGACGAAUACGGAUGGUGUGGCGGCUGUGGGUACGAAUUUGGGCGUGGAGGGCUUCGAGAUGGGGGUGGUUGUUGUGCAUGAUGAUGUUAAUAGUGCGCCGGAUGGGUCGAGGGAGGAUGGGGCGAGUUUUAAGAUUGUGGGUCUUGGACAGAUUUUGGAGACGUUUGGGCUUGAGGAUGAGGUUGAUACGAACUGGGAUCCAAGGCGGUGA